AUGGGAGAGACCGUCAUCGUCAUCACGAAUGGUGCAGAACACGCCAACACCUCGUCGGACUCGUCGACCCUCUCCAGCAGCCAGGACGACAAGCCGCCUAUAGCGGAACCCCCCGACAUAUCAGCUAUAGAGAAGCCGCAGUGUCCUCACACUCUUCCGGCCCGGCGCGUUGCCGAGCUGCUCGAAACCCAUACCGAAGAUGGACUAAGUGACCAGGAGGCCGCCGCUCGCCUUGCGCGGGACGGGCCCAACACUAUCAAGGGAGCCAAGGGCAUCUCCAUCUGGGAGAUAUUUCUCCAGCAGGUUGCCAAUGCCUUGACCGUGGUGCUCAUUGCCGUCAUGGCAUUGUCCUUUGCCAUCCAUGACUUUGUCGAAGGAGGCGUGGUCUUGGCGGUCAUUCUCCUCAAUAUCAUCGUGGGGUUGAUCCAGGACUAUCGCGCUGAGCAGACUAUCCAAUCGCUCUAUGCACUGUCUACCCCUAAAUGCAAAGUCAUUCGAAAUGGCAUCAACGAUACCGUCAAGGCGGAAACCCUGGUCAAGGGCGAUCUGGUCUCCCUUGCCACUGGAGAUGUAGUCCCUGCUGAUCUACGACUGGUCCAGGGCAUCAACCUCUCUACGGACGAGUCUCAUCUCACGGGCGAGUCUGUGGCCAUCAGCAAGAAGCCCGAUGCCGUCUUCAACGACGCAGAGCUACCGAUGGGCGAUCGCUUGAACCUGGUAUACACUGGAAGUUCCGUGACUCGUGGCCGCGCUACAGGUAUCGUCAUUUCCACCGGGAUGGACACCGAGGUGGGCCAGAUUGCCGAGUUGCUGCGACAAAAGAAGACGCAGAAUACCGGCUCUGGACCUGUCCACCGGUUCUUCAUCAACUUGUACCAACGAACCAGGAACGUUCUUGGCUUGGAGGGAACGCCGCUACAGGUCACGCUGAGCAAGUUUGCGCUCUUGCUCUUCGCCCUGGCUAUACUCCUCGCCGUCAUCGUCUUCUCCGUGAGUAAGUGGGAUAUCGACGAUGAUGUCUUGCUAUAUGGCAUCUGCGUUGGCGUCGCCGUCAUCCCAGAGUCCCUCCUUGCCGUGCUUACCGUCACUAUGGCUGUCGCUACCAAGGCAAUGGUCAAGGGCCAUGUAAUUGUGCGCCAGAUGCCGUCGCUCGAGGCCGUCGGUGGCGUGACUAAUAUCUGCUCCGACAAGACGGGCACGCUCACGCAGGGACGCAUGAUUGCUCGCAAGGUCUGGAUCCGCGGCGGCCUUACGGGGCUCAUCGAGGGCACAUCAGACCCCUAUGAUCCCAGCAGCGGCACCGUAUCUUGGUCCGGAUCGCUGGUGGAGACCUGCUUUAGCACGUUUCUCGACUGUCUGGUGCUGUGCAACAAUGCCACUGUUACGGACGGUAGGAAAGAGCUUGAAACCGACUCCAGCAGCGUCACCACAGCUUAUGGGUCUGAAGAGUGGAAGGCCAUAGGAGAGCCUACGGAGAUAGCUCUAAAGGUCUUUGCCUUGCGCUUUGGCAAGAGCAAGACUGCCGGCGAUGAACUCAUCGCGGAGCACCCCUUUGACUCAUCGUGCAAACUCAUGAGUGUAGUCUAUGGUAGCAGUGUCGAUAUUGAUUCCAAGUGCCACGUAUACACAAAGGGUGCUGUUGAGGUAGUUCUGCCAAAGUUGAACGAGUCCGAUGAUCUAAAGCAGGCCAUCCACGCCAAGGCCGAAGAGCUCGCCGCUGAUGGCCUCCGAGUGCUCUGCAUCGCCAAUAGAUCCCUGGACCGAGAAAAGGAAGACGCUCAUGACCGCAACCAAGUCGAGAGCAGCCUCCAGUUUCUAGGACUUGCUGGUCUGUAUGAUCCGCCUCGUCCAGAGACAGCCGGUGCAGUGGCGCAGUGCCGUGAAGCCGGAGUUUCUGUCCACAUGGUCACUGGCGAUCAUAUCAAGACAGCCACUGCCAUUGCAUACGAAGUUGGCAUCCUGACGCGAGGCAUUCCUCUGGGCCCAACGACUGUCAUGUCGGCGGCCGACUUUGGCAACCUCACGGAUGACGAGAUCGAUGCCAUGGACGCCCUGCCACUUGUCAUUGCUCGAUGCAGCCCCCUGACCAAAGUGCGGGUGAUUAAGGCUCUGCACCGCCGAAAGGCGUUUUGCAUCAUGACUGGCGAUGGCGUCAAUGACUCGCCGGCGCUGAAGCAGGCUGACGUGGGCAUAGCCAUGGGCGAUAGGGGAAGCGAUGUGGCUAAAGAAGCGUCGGACAUGGUGCUGACAGAUGACAACUUUGCGUCGAUUGUGACGGGCAUCAAAGAGGGACGCCGACUGGCAGACAAUAUCCAAAAGUUUCUCUUACAUCUACUCACCUCGAAUCUUGCGCAAGUCAUCCUCCUCUUGAUUGGACUGGCCUUCAAGGAUGAACGCAAUAUCGCUGUUUUCCCACUCUCUCCUCUUGAGAUUCUUUGGGCCAACCUGGUCACCUCUUCUCCCCUUGCUCUUGGCUUGGGCUUGGAGGAGGCGCAGCCAGACAUCCUCCAGCGCCCACCCCGCAGUCUGCGCGCUGGCGUCUUCACAAUAGAUUUGAUUCGAGACCAGUUUGUGUACGGGACCUUUAUGGGGUCACUCUGCCUAGCCUCGUUUAUGCUGGUGGCUUAUGCAGCUUCCGGCCGAGGCUAUCACAACCUGCCCAUCGACUGCAACGAGCACGGCCAUGAUGGCUGCGGUCUGGUGUUCCGAGCCCGGGCCUCGACCUUUGCGACGCUGAGCUUCUUGCUUCUCAUCACCGCCUGGGAGGUCAAGCAUUUCCAUCGCAGCCUCUUCAAUAUGGAUGAGAGGUGGAAAGGGCCCCUUUCUGUCUUCAAGACGGUGUACCACAACCGCUUCCUGUUCUGGUCUGUGGUGGCAGGAUUCGCCAUUACCUUUCCGGUUAUCUAUCUCCCUUCUGUGAACAAGUCUGUGUUUAAGCACGAGGCGAUAACGUGGGAGUGGGGAGUGGUAUUUGGCUGUGUGGCAGUGUAUGUUGCGCUGAUUGAAGCCUGGAAGGCGAUCAAACGGCGGUUUGGCCUUGGCGUCGACAGGCAUCCUGUGCUUGAAGCGACCAGCUCGGUGUAA